GGCGAACCACAUCAGGCACUGACAACAUAUACACGUCACUUUCGUCCGCGGAACGUUUAACGGACCCCGUUUGGCGCACGAGCUUUGAAUGUGUGACACCAAUACUUCCGGCUGAUAGACAUAUGAACGGGUGAAGGUGAAGGAGGAAAAGUUAAAAUGUUUGCGUGUUUGGUUUCCAGGAGACUUUUCUGCGCUGUGGCAAAAUCGGCUUCUCCCCCAGCUUCGUCCAGCCGCUGGCAAAAAUUGAAGGACAGUAAAGCAGGCAUGUGGUGUCGUAGUCUGCUUUCUGACUACAAAGAAGCAUUUCAGGACAUCUUUGUCAGUGCCCGCAAGCGUCCUGGCAAGACUGCAGUGUACACCAUAGUGCUUGGUGCUUCAUCGGCUUUUGUCUACACCAAACCGGAUGAAGCCUCCUUUCAGGAGAGACUGCUGGAUUGCUCUAAUCAGCUGGGUCUGCUGUCGCCGUGGGUACGCAGCCCGCCGUCAGAUGGCAGUGUCCAGUUUCUCAUGAGAAUGCGCAACGAGGGUCGGCUGCGCCAUGUUAGCCUUGCUCUGUUGUCUUUGGUGUACUUGGCUGACUACAACCCUGACACCUCUCUGUACGAGGCCCAGUGCUCAGACCUGUCUGUGCCCUGGAGAGAACUACCUCAGCGCCUGCUGGAUGUGGGUUUUGCCGGUCGUUGGUGGGUUCUGGAGUCAAAAAUGAAGGACUACGAUGUUAACAACGACGAGUUCAAGCACUUACCAGCACAUCUGCAGCAGACAUCACCCCCAAGUGUCCAAGAGGUGGAUGAGAGUGAAAGGUUGCACAAAGAGUCUUGGUUACCAGUGAGAAUGGAAGAGGAUGAGAUUCCAGAGGUGAAAUAA